AUGUGCUCGAUUUUCUUCCCAAAUCUCGUCGCCUCAUUUUCUUCACUCGUUCAGUCUUUGGUUGGUUUUGUUGGGUCUUGAAAAUGCUUGCUCGGCUCGCGUCUCGACGUUUUCUCGAGAUCCGUCAAGCUUUCCGUCAAUCUUCUCAGGCCUCUCGAUCUUUGUCCACUGCCCUGAACUAUCAUCUUGAUUCCCCAGAUAAUAAUCCCGACCUUCCAUGGGAAUUUUCGGAGGCGAACAAACAAAAGGUCAAGGAGAUAUUGUCUCAUUAUCCAUCCAACUACAAGCAAUCUGCAGUUAUUCCUUUGCUAGAUCUUGCUCAGCAGCAGCAUGGAGGAUGGCUUCCAGUUUCGGCAAUGAAUGCAGUUGCGAAGGUUAUAGAAGUAGCUCCUAUUCGUGUGUAUGAGGUUGCGACAUUUUAUUCAAUGUUCAACCGAUCAAAGGUCGGGAAAUAUCAUCUGUUAGUUUGUGGCACAACACCUUGUAUGAUACGUGGUUCACGAGAAAUUGAAGAAACCCUAUUGAACCACUUGGGGGUUAAGCGGAAUGAGGUAACAAGCGAUGGUUUGUUCUCAGUCGGAGAAAUGGAAUGUAUGGGAUGUUGUGUAAAUGCUCCUAUGAUCACAGUUGCUGAUUACUCCAAUGGAUCUGAAGGAUACACAUAUAAUUACUAUGAAGAUAUUACCCCAAAAAGAGUUAUUGAGAUAAUUGAGAUGCUAAGAAGGGGAGAGAAGCUACCACCUGGCACUCAAAAUCCAAAACGAAUCAAGAGCGGACCAGAAGGUGGAAAUACCACUUUGCUAACCGAUCCGAAACCACCUCCAUGCCGUGAUCUUGAUGCCUGCUAAUGUUAACAUGCCACCGCAGUCUCAAAUAAUGUGAAGCUUGGAUUUUGCCAAGGCUUUUUUGGAUGUAUGUUCUUGUUGAAUUUGUGAAGCUCAACCAAUCAUAUAUUUUGAAUUUUCCAUGCAAUUUCAACUUGGUACAAGUUAUGAGAUGACUAAAUUUGCAUUGUACCAAAUAAUUGAUGUUAAUGUUUUUGCCAUAAUCUUCUAUGAAAGCAGGCCAUAAUUGUUGUGGUAUUGGAAUCCA